CUCCCUCCGUCUUCUCUAUUUAUUCAGAAAGUGUGCAACUAAAUCGCCUGAUUCCCCCUCUGUCUUAUUUCAAACUUGCGAUCCAUCUCAGUUAACCAAAAUUAAUCUUUUCUCCUUUCUUCAUUACAUCUGGUGUGUUAAACCCUAGUUUAAUUCCAGCCUAUAACGAUCCAAUUUCAAUUUAAUUUUGUGAAUUUGGAACCAAAACCUUAAAUUUUACAAGUGGUACUCUGGGUUUCGCAAUUUCUGAAUUGGAAUGGACCCUUCAAUCAUGAAGCUCCUUGAUGAUGACGAGGAUGAAACUAUACAUUCUGGGGCUGACGUAGAGGCAUUCACUGCUGCCCUAAAUAGAGAUAUCAAAGGAGAACCAUCUACUUCUGAACCAGUAGAUACUACUGGAGCAAUGUCCCAUGCAAAUAAUCCUGCGUUAAGCCAGACGUUUGAACAAUGGCAAAAUUCAGUUAGUAAAGAAAAUGCCACGGGUCAAGGUCAAGAAGAAGGAAUGAAGAAUUUGGAACCGCAAGAGGAGAAACAAUCAUCUGAAACUACUGAUACAAUUAAAAAUGGAAGUAGCGCUGAUAGUCAGCAGCAGCAAAAUGCGUCACCACUGGAACACAAUACACUAACAGUUCAACAGAAUCAGUCCCGUACUGAUCAACUACAACCACAAGGAGAACAAAAUGCACCUCAGGUUAAGCAAGAAAAUGUGUCUGCUGUGCCUGAACAAAGUACUGCUCAAGUCGCAGAACAGCAGGUGCUUUCAGCAAACCAGCAGCCAUAUCCUCAAUUGCAGAAAGCGAAUAAUCCACCCGUGCCAUCAGCAGAACAAGCAAAUAAUGCGCAGAGUAGGAACAAACAGGUACCAUUUGGUUUGCUGCUUCCAACGAUUAUGCCACACCUCGAAAAAGAUAAAGCCAUGCAGCUUAAUACACUGUUUACGAAAUUGAGGAAUAAUGAAAUUAACAAAGAUGGAUUUGUAAGGCAUAUGCGAAGCAUUGUUGGGGACAAGAUGCUUAGAAUGGCAGUUCACGCUGUACAAACCAAGGAAGUGGCUAAAGAACACGCUGCUCGGAAUGCACAAGCCGCCCAGCAAUUUCAGGGUCAAAGACCUCCGACAGACUCGUCACAAGUUUCCAGUUCAACUGGGCAGUUGCAGAACAAUUCAAGCCUGUCGAUCACAGAAAAGAUCCCUCAAAAUUCCACAGUGACAGAACAUCAGUCAGCAUCACAGGGAAUGCAUGGAAAUCCAGUGCCGGCUGCUCCUAUGAGCACUGUUAACCAAGAAAAGGAGCAGCCUGUUUUAUUUAGAGGACUUACGAAGCAUCAGCAACAGCAUAUGCAUAUUGCACAGCCAUCAUACUCAAUAUAUGGUACUAAUAUGGGUAACUACCCUGCUCAUGCAUUUCCUGGGGCACCUACCGGGGCUGGAUUAGCUUCUUUAAAACCCCAAACUCAAGAUCCUCAAAUGAGGCAGCCUCCUCCCCAUCACGGAAUGGGAUAUACUCAAAUGGGAGGGGCAUCUCAGCCCAUGAACAUGAUGAAUGCACCCAAGUAUGACGCCCAAACCUCUAAUGGUGAACCAAAGAGAUUCCAUGGUGGGCCUCUUCCUCAUCCGUCAAGCCAGUCCACUUUGCCACAUACUCAAUGGCAAUCCUCCAUGAACAAAGAGCAGAAAAUUAGUGCUUUGCCUACAAUGACUCCUGUAAAACAGGAAUCAGCUGAUCAGACUCAGGACCUGCAACAACAGCAGCAAAGAUCUCAAACUUCUGGUUCCAUGGGAUCAGCUUCUUUUGGCGUCGUGACACGUGAUCAAGGAAAUACAACCUCUGGAACAGAAAUGUCAUCUAGGAUUCCUUUUCCAGCAUCUACAACUACAAUACAAUCACACUCGACUUUUGUUUCACAAGUGGACCCUGCAAUUAUGAUAAAUUCUCAAGUUACAUCUACAACUGCUCCACCCGGGGCUGGAUUAAAUACAAAGACUCCGCCAAAAAAAACUCUUGUUGGCCAAAAGAAACCAAUCGAUGCACUUGGAACUCCCUCACCUGUGGCAAGUAAAAAGCAAAAGGUAUCUGGGGCAUUUCAGGAUCAAAGCAUUGAACAACUUAACGAUGUUACUGCUGUCAGUGGAGUCGAUCUCAGGGAAGAGGAAGAGCAGCUAUUAUCUGCACCCAAAGAUGAUGGUAGGUCUUCAGAAGCAACUCGGAGGGUUGUUCAAGAAGAGGAAGAAAGGUUGAUUUUGCAGAAAAAUCCCCUGCAAAAGAAAUUGGCGAAGAUCAUGUCAAAAUGUGGUAUAAAGAACAUAAGCAAUGAUGUGGAGCGCUGCCUAUCAUUGUGUGUGGAGGAGAGAUUGCGUGGAUUAAUAAGUAAUUUAGUGAGGAUGUCAAAACAGAGAGUUGAUAUUGAAAAGCCGAGACAUAGAACUAUCAUUACCUCAGAUGUUAGACGCCAAAUCCAAUUGAUGAACCGGAAGGCCAAGGAGGAGUGGGAGAAGAAACAAGCUGAAGAAGCAGAAAAGCUCAGAAAAAGCAACGAAGCUGAGGGAGUCACGGGGGCUGAUGGUGACAAGGACAAGGAUGAAGGCCGUUCUAAGGCACUCAAGGCGAACAAAGAAGAAGAUGACAAAAUGCGGACUACAGCCGCAAAUGUUGCUGCCCGAGUUGCUGUUGGAGGGGAUGAUAUGUUAUCGAAGUGGCAACUUAUGGCUGAGCAAGCCCGGCAGAAGCGUGAAGGAGGAACUGAUGUGGUGUCAGCUUCUCAGUCUGGUAAAGAUUCUAGUCGUCGGACUUUAUCUAAUCCUGGACGAGCUCUGAGGGACAACCAAGGAGCUGAAAUCAGAGGCUCCUCUUCUUCAGCAUUUGGGGGAAUGAGGAAAUUCGGGAGAGAUUCAGUUCAUACAAAGAUAGCCCGGAGUAUAACAGUUAAAGAUGUAAUCGCAGUCCUUGAAAGGGAGCCUCAGAUGUCAAAAUCUACAUUGAUCUAUCGCCUAUAUGACAAGAUACCUGGUGAUACAACAACAGCAGAAUGAGAUCAUAAUAGGAGAUGAAAUGCAAGAUCAUAGAAAACUUGUGUAAUAACCGUCAAUAAUUAAAUUGAGAUGACAGGUUUCUUAGCUUAUUCUUCCUAUUAGUAUCUUUUCUGCAUGUAAACUGUACAUCAGUUAAUAUGUAGAUUUCCCUAACAAUAAAUGUAACAUAAAUUGGUCACCUAAUCUAUUAGGUUCACGAGAGAAGUAUUACACCGUGUUUUGUUACUUAUACGAGGAGACUGUUUGGAUAUCAUUUUUAAGAAAUUAUUUUAAGAA